UGUGUGUUUGUGUUUGUCAGUGUAUGUGUUGUUUGUAUGUGUUGUGUGUGUGUUUGUGUUUGUCAGGUCAGUGUAUGUAUGUGUUGUUUGUCUGUGUGUGUGUGCGUGUGUGUGUAUAUGUGGGUGUUGAUCAGUGUAUGCAUGUAUAUAUGCGUAUAUGCACAUACGCACACACACACAUACAUACACACUUACACGUACAUAUGCACACAUAUAUAUGCACACAUACAUAUAUACCAAUAUUUUUUGUGCAUUUGUGUGUCUGUGUACUUGUGUACCAUUGUGUGGGUAUAUAUUUUGUUCGUGUGUUUUUGUUUGAAGUACUUAUAUGUUUCUGUGUGA